UGUAAGUGUGACAAUAAAUUUCGUUUAUUUGCACGAUGACGAGCACAUUAGCCAAAAAUACUUGUUCUGUAAAAGGCUGCGGAAAGCGAGAGCUACCGAUGUACCGUUUCCCCAAUCCAAAAACAAACGGGGAACGUUUUCGUAAGUGGGUUCUGGCAGCAAAUAAUCCUCGAUUCGAGCAACUAGGAGAUAAUGGUAUUUAUAAAAAGUGUUUCGUUUGCCACAACCAUUUUAAGGAAGAGGAUAAAAUCCUGAAUUCGCGUUUAUUAAGGAAAACUGCUGUGCCUUCGCAAAAUUUGCCGAUUGGUCCAUCGUUUGCCACAGAACAGGGAAUUGAUGCACCAUCACCUCCAAGACCAUCCCAAUCUGAGGAGGACCUAAUUUUUAGAACACCACAACGUGAACUCAUUUUUAUGCCCAGCUCGGUACGAAAACGUGUUACACCAUCAGCCUGUUCACCAUCCACGUCUGCAGGUGUAUUUCCCAGGAGCGUCGUGCAGAGAACAUUAUUUCCCUCCAUAAGUAAUGGAGUGAGCAGUAAUGAAGAGGGACUUGGUGUGGCGCCAUUAUCAGUGUUGGACAGCGUCCCAAUAACUGGUAAAUUGAUUUAUUAUUUGUUAAGAUACAGACUAAUAUCACUAUAGUAUUUGAAUUCUAUCUUACGAAUUUAUAGCAAUAACUUCAAGUAACCUGUAGUUACGACACACUUUACUCUGGAUUAGAAAAAGGAGAGAAUUUACGUUAGGUUAAU